GCUUGUGGAAUAAGUUGUAGUGAGAAAUAGCUUACCCAAGAAAGUAGAUAGCACUGAAAUUGACAGGUAAAUUAUUUGGGAUUCUUACACAAUGAAGAAAUUGCAUCUUUUGCUGCAUUGAUGUUUAAAAGUGUGUUUUUUCCACAAUGACAGUUUGUUAUUAAAUUAUAAAUAGCAGCACUAUCCUUAAUAUCAUUGGAACAUGAACAUCAGAGGAAACUAAUAUGACAAAGCACAAUAAAGAAGUGGUUUAUACCAAAAGAAAAGAUGGAGCAAAACUAAAUGAUGAGUGUCUUUACUUGAAACUUCUGCUUACUAGUGGGGUUGUCCAUAAAUUACGUAAUGCUAAAGGUGUGGACAGGGACUUUGAGGAAGCAUUAUGCUUUGUUGUAUGGGAUAGGGGCAAGUCGUCCUUUUCGGAGUGCUGUGGUGAAGAUGAGAGCGGGGCUUGCGACGUGGAUGGGGCGGGGAAGUUCUUCGGGGCCACUGGCGCGUCCUUCAUCACCGGGGAAGGGGUCGGCGUGGCGAUCUCAGCCUCCACUUCCGCCGCGAGCAACAUGUCUUCUUCCAGUCUGUGA